AUGUACUUGCUGGGCACGUACUUGCCCGACCAUAAGCUGGUGCGCAUUGCACUAACCAACUUUUAUGGCAUUUCGUACGAUACAGCUCGUCGGCUGUGCGCCCGUAUUCGAGUACACGACCAAGCUACGGUCUCUUCUCUCACCGAAACACAAAUUACCGAGCUCUCCGCGUACUUAUCCUCUCCAAGCAUGAUACCUGCGGCGUCUCCAUCUCAGACGCGCUCUACACUGCACGGAAGUGUCCCCCCACCCCCCGCAUCUUCCAACCCGGCUGACCUGCCUCCAUCACAACGCCCCAAGUCGGCAAUGGAUCCAUUGCGGUCCAUCGUACUCGAAGGCGACUUGCGCCGUGAAGUGCUCGCUAAUAUCGCGCACCACCGUUCCAUCGGCUCGUAUGUGGGUCGUCGGCAUGCUGGAGGCUAUCCGGCCCGCGGUCAACGGACACAGAGUAACGCCCUUACUGCGCGUCGUCUGAAUCGUCUUGAACGCCGGCAAUACUCAACAUCCUCAGUACUCUCAGAUGUACUGCGCCCCUUGGCUCGUAUGCGCUUCAUGUAG